CCCAAGCAGGGUGAGUCUCCAGAGCGACAUCAUCGUUUAGUGCACUCUCGUGCAGUUCCGGCAGCCAGCAUGACAGUAUACACACUGAAUCUCAGGGUCUUCUGGCCCCUGGUUACCUUCGUCCUCACUGUCCUCCUGUUGCUGCUACACAGCUCUCUGCGCAGGGUUCCAGGCUCUGCCCCAGCAGACUGCCCAGACAAAUCCGUAGGACCUCUCUUACUCGCCCUAUUUGCGCUGGGUUUCAUUCUCCGCUACUUCUUUAAAUAUUGCUCUUCUCGACUAAGGAGGACCAAGAGGGUCUUCCGUGAGCUUCCUGAGGUGACUUGUCGAGUGGCCUCCUCGAGGAAGGAGCUGCUGGAGAGUUACUAUGAGCGGCACGUGUGCUUGUCCCCGCACGUCCUCGGACACAGCAAGGCACAUGUGGCCAAGCUGGUCAGUGAGCUGGUGAGGGCUGGCCGUACCAAGAAGCCUCCCGAAGCAUGCUUUGCCUUCAGGGGAGACUUUGUGCAGAUCGGCAGCUGUUAUGAGGAACACAAGGUGAGCUGUGCGGACUGCUUUGAUAUCCUGGUCCCUCUGCACCUACCUUGUGGCCUGAAGUUGGCGCCAGUGACGCUUUCGUGUGGAGAGGGUUGGAUGCUGCCUCUCUGUAGUCUGGAGAUGCCCCGAGCUUCUGUCUGGUUGCGUGAACACAAGGCCUUCGCUGGGAGCUUCCUGAGUUUGAGUGGGACAGGCGGAGCAUACAGGCUAUCCCCAGAUGCUGUCCUCCGCUGGUUCUAUCUGGCAAUUCAGCGUUGCCUUGCCGCUGUGCGCCAGCCCUUCGAGUGGCACUGUUCCCUGGGCUUGUCGCUGUGUGACUCCCGUGUCAUGCUACGCCUUACACCACUCUCUGACUAUGUGUGCUGCCACAUCUGCAUGGGUGUGCGCCUCAUCCCCGCAGUGCCGCUGGCGGACGGCUCCUACCUGGUUGGCUCUGCGUGCGGCCCCCAGCAGGGGGAGCUCUGGACUCCAUACUUUCCUCGUCAGGAGCAGAAGCUGCUGGGCUGGCUGAGGAACCGGCUUCCAGUUGGAUCCUGCCACCUGAAGUGUCUGCAGAUGAUAAAGGCUCUGAGGGACCUUGGGGGGCAGGCUCUGGACAGCCACGGUGGGGGAGAGUGGAGGGAGGUCCUGUCGUCAUACUCCCUGAAGACGGCAUGGCUGCACCUUUUGCUCACAAUGCCCCCGGAGCGGUGGAGGGACCACUGCUUUCUGGACAGACUUGAGGACCUCCUGCAGAACCUGAAGGAAAGCCUACGUCAGCGGGAACUGAGACACAUGUUCCUUGGGGGCAACACAGAGCUGCUUCCCAGCUUCCUCACCUUACCUAAGCUGUUCAGGGACACUGCUCCAUCCAACCUCUUAGUGGGCUUCCACCCCACAUCCCUUGACUUGGUCUGUGCCCGGCUUUCCUAUUUCUGGGCACACCUGCAUUGGUUUAUUCGUCUAGGCCAGUGCUCACCAACUGCUGGAGUCCGGUCUGCAUCAGGGCCAAAAUACAGCUGAAUCCGGACCAUGUGUUCGAGUUUGCUGUUGAGAACUCACCAGCCUCUCUUGCUCAUUUAGCUGAUGUUCUAAUCCUAGGAAAGCAUUUUCAAUAUUUAUUCAUUGAUUCUUGGUUUAUAGUGGAACUUGUGGGAAUGGUGAUGAUAAUAAAUGGAUUUCACACUAAGUGGCGAGUAAAUAUUAUCUUGUAAUGCUUGCACUGUGUUCGUAUAAAAAUUCAGCAAAAAAAGAGUGUGCAAACCCAUUAGAGAACUGCUCAGUGACAAUACCCUUACUGAAAUAUGGCUUAGGGCUUGUUUUUUUUUUUACAGGGAUCAAGGUCAAUGCUGGCACAUUCACAGCAGAAUUCAUUAGCUACGGCAAGUUUGCUGUUUGAGCAGCUGUUACUGGAUGCUGGUAGCACUGCAGGGACAUCGUGUCCGGAGGCCCUUGGGGUUAUUUUCAGGAACCGUUGGAGCAGCCUUCUGUGUUUCCGUCAGGAGACCCAGUGCUGAAGGAGAGUGGGAAAGGCUUCUUAGAGCUGUCACACGAAAUACUGGGCUGUCAUGUGUUGUUAAACUGGAAUUAAACUGUGACAGUGUUAAAAGUUGGAAGUCGCAAAUUCACAUUAUAUCAAUUAUUUACAAAGUAAAAUUAUUUGCUGCUGCUCUUAAGUAAUAAUAAAAGAUAUAGAUUGAAUAUAUUUUUCAAUAUUGCUGUGGAGCUGCGGUGUUAUGCAUAUAUGCCUGUGUGGUGUGGUAAAAAUAGUGUACUGAUACAAGUAAAAUCAAACUUGCAGUAAUGAAAAUAUAGUUAAAUUUUGGCCACUCAUUCUCCUGUAGACUGAUACUGUGCUAGUUUGUGUUUGUCUCAGGUUUUCAAGCAUUCUGGACAUGGGUGUAUAGAUGUGGGAUGCAGAUGGAGCUUAAGGGUAGAGCUUGUGUUUGUGUAGACCCUUGUGACUGGCCUGCUUGGGACCAUUUAGCCUAGUGAAUUUAAAGUAUCAUGUGACAGAAAAUCCUGCCCUAUGCCACAUACCGAUAACUCUUAUAUACAGCUCAAAAUACUGUCAUCCACUAGCAAUAAAACAGAAUAUGAUCCAGGUGAGGGGUAGCUUGGUGGUGCAGUGGUUAGCACUGUUGCCUCACACCUCUAGGACCCGGGUUUGAGUCUCUGCCUGGGUCACGUGUGUGGAGUUAGCAUGUUCUCCCCAUGUUGUCGUGGGGUUUCCUCCGGGUACUCCGGUUUCCCCCCACUGUCCAAAAACAUGCUGAGGCUAAUUGAAGUUACUAAAUUGCCCAUAGGUGUGCGUGUGUGAGUGAAUGUUGUGUGAGUGUGCCCUGCGAUGGGCUGGCCCCCCUUCCUGGGUUGUUCCCUGCCUCAUGCCCAUUGCUUCCGGGAUAGGCUCCGGACCCCCCGCGACCCAGUAGGAUAAGCAGGUUGGAAGAUGGAUAGAUGAUCCAGGUGUUCUUUCUCACUGGUCAGGAUCCAUAGACCUUUUCAUUAUCACAGCCUUGAAGGGCCACAGGUGCCAUUUCUUACCUUGAAUGGGUGACAUUUAACACCUUUAGCUGGAGAGAAGUCUUGUUCUUGUGACAAUGAAGCUGCUUAUGCUGCAGAAUUGGGGCUAGCAGGAGGCAAGCUUGUGAGAAAGCCGCACUUCCUGUCAGGAGGCCAUGAGAAUGUGCAAGUAUUCAGCAGAGACCAGCCACAGCUAGAACAAGGACGGGGGCGUUUUUCAUGAUCUGAGUGCCACUAGGUAUUUGUGCAAGUUUCAUGUGACACGGUCCUUGUCUUUUCUGGUAGUCGUACACAUGGGACCUGGCUUGAAUCAACAAAUGGUUUGCAGCUGUGAUGUGUACUGUGAUGUGUAGUGACUGAACUGUCAUAGACUAGUGUCACCUUUGGCUGCUCACUGUAUUAUUCUAAAGAUAGGCUCCUGAGCCCCGUAACUCUAAUAGGACAACAAGAUGCUGAAUAUAGGGAGAUGAAACGUUUCCUUCUCUAUUUCAAGCAUAAAAAAGAGUGUGGAAUAUUGUAGUUAGAACAGCAUUUCAUUCAUUUUUGGCUACCAAGCAGAUCCUUAAAAAUAAUUGUUCCUGUUUUUAAAGCAGAAACAUGCAAUCUUUUUUGGAAAAAAUGAGAAAAUUAAAUGUUAAAAAGGAGAGACUAUGAUAAUGAUUAUCUGUGUGCGGGGGGUACAAACCUCUACAAGCUGGACAGAGGAAAGGGAGAUGUGGGGAAGAGAUGUGAAAUCGCAGGAAGAAUAUAUUAGAGGCGGAUAAGAACAUGACAGUAGGAACAAGACUAUUUUAGCUGAAGGAAGAGGAAAAUCAAUAGGAUGAUCUUACUGAUGCUAAUGUUGCAUUUUCCAUACUAAGAUUCACACAUUAAAGUUCCUUAAACCCACUUAACAUGAAUAAAUUGAAUUAAAUUGUUAUACAGCUAUUGUGGUAUUUAUUAUGGAACAGUGGUAACAGUUUAUGCAGUGCAGUGCAAUAAUUUAUUUAUAUAGUUUUAUUAUUGCAUUAUAUAUGUAAAAUACUUAUUCAUCAUGUUAAUUGACUCAUGAGAUGAGUUACUUUGUAAAUUCAGAGGCUCCUGUUAGCCAGAUGUUUUUAUGAGAGAACAUAGCAAAUUUCAAGGAGAAACUGUUCUUUGUCCUUUUGAAUGUUCACCUAACAUGGUAGAUAUUAUCAGUCAUGUAUUGUUUACUGCUAAUAAAGCUUUCUAUUCAUAUUCA